CUAUCGUCUUCCUCCUUCGACGAGCUCUGAGCUCCUUCCCUCUCUCUCUCUCUCCCCCCCUUCUUCCCCGAUCCGUCUCUGAUCUUCCAACUCCGUUCACCGAUCGGGGAUUUCUUCUAUCACUUCCUCACUAUCAGAUCCGAAACCCUCACUGUGUGUCUUGUCGGAGUUUAUCCGUCACUGACAAGGAAUUUUAUUCCUAAUUCCUCAUUUCCAGAUCCAAAACGAAAGCCAACUGGGAUCAAUUUGUCGUCAAAUCGGAUCGGACAUCUCCUAGAGAGCCCCAAGAGGAUUGACUCCUCGAGAUGUCGUGCCUCGCCCUUUCUCUGCAACCGGUGAACGGUCCCGACGUCCUCCUCCAAACCCGAGAAUGGUUCCCCCCUUCCCGCGCCCUCGUUGCCCUCUCCUCCUUUCGCCAUACCCGCCUCUCCCUCUCCUCCAAAUCCCCCUCCUCCGACCCCCAGCCCGACCUCAUUGGCGACGACCCUCUCGCCGCCUCCAGCGGCCAGCUCAUCGUCGGCGUCGAGAGCCGCUACCGCGUCAUCUACAGGCUUGUCAACACGAUCUACGUUCUGGGGAUCACGACGGCCGACCAGGACAGCUCCAUCAACGUCUUCGAGUGCAUCCACCUCGUGAACCAGGCAGUCAGCGUCGUGGUGGCCGCUUGCAGGGGAGUGGACGUGACCCCUGAGAAGCUAGCCCGCAAGUACGCCGAGGUCUACAUGGCCCUUGACAUCGUCCUCCGUGGAGUCAGCUCCAUCCGCCUCUCUGCUAUGCUCUCCUCAAUGCACGGCGAGGGAAUUGCCAAGAUGGUUCACUCAGCCCUCGACACUGAGGCCAAGAUCCGGGGGGCCGACAGCUGGCCUGCCUUGGAACCACAUUCUGUCGAGCAUGUGGCUGGCGUCGAGGCAUUUUCAGCUAAUCGGUUCGAGCUGCCUCCGGAGACGCUGUCUACAGGCGAUGAGGUAGCAGCAACUAUUGCCCCAGCUGCCCCAGCUGAGCAGGAAGAGUCCAAGGGCGAAGAGGAGGCUGCAGGACCUAAAGACCCGUUCGCGGCUAGUGAUAAGUUGAAUGAGCCCGAAGAGCUGGUAAGUGGGUUUAAGAAGAAUAAGGAUUCUUCAUCCGCAGACCUUACAGUGGCCCUCGCAGGGCUCGAGGUAACGACCUUACCCCCUGCAGAGGCCACGCAAUCUACCCACAUUGGAGUUGAGGGCUUUGAGGGUGAUUAUGGUGGAAUAGAGUUUGGAAAUGAGCAGGCUUCACUAGGGGAGACCUUUGAAGGGUUUAGUGAGGCCUGGGGUGGUGGUUUGGACCCAUCCGAGUUUGUAGGGCCUACCAAGGCUAAGAAAUCUGAAGGGCUUGGCGGGCUGGAGUUGCUGCAGACGGGUCCAGAUGCCACUGAUGCAGCUAAAGCGGCUGCAGCUGCAGAUGGAAAAGCCCCUCUUGAGAACCUGGUGCAGAAAACUGAGAUGAAGGGUCCUGAGAUGUUCAUUUCCGAAGAGAUUAGCGCGGAGUUUAGGGAGUCAUUGCUUGCUCGAGUAGGUUUGAUGGGACGGGUUUGUCUCAGAACACUCCCGACGAAAACUUCUGGUGAUAAGGAGACCGAGUUCUCAUUCCGUGUUGAAGGCACAAGCCUGGUAAAACGUUUCAUUAUGCAGAACUCCUGCGUUAGUAGCCUUGGCAAUGGCCUGUUCCAUGUGAGGACUGCAGCUUCCGAUGAACCGAUUCCCAUUUUGAAGUACAGUUUGCUGCCUAAGUCGACUCCCUUGCCUUUAAGGGUUCGUCUCAUGCAACGGCACAGUGGGACUUUACUCUCUGUGAUGAUACAAUAUGUUUCAAAUCCAGAAUUGCCAGCGCCAUUGAAAGACGUGACAUUUGUCCUUAAACUGCCUGUUGACCCGACGCUCUUGAAAGUUUCGCCAAAAGCUAUAUUGAACAGGUCUGAGAAGGAAUUGAAGUGGAUCAUAUCAGAGAUUCCUCUCAUUGGUUCUCCAGGUAAGUUGAGGGUGAGGAUGCCAGUGGAUACAAGCCCAGAGGAUGGGGGUGAAGAGAUUGAGGUCGUUGGUUACGUGAAGUUCUCUUGGCAGGGUCCUAGUUCAUUGUCCGGUAUAUGUUUACGGCCUGCCUCUGAAGGUAGCACGGACUUCUACGAGGUUAGUCACAAGUAUGAGAGUGGAGUUUAUAUGUGUAACUGAAAAAUGUUGAAAAUUGAUCUCCAUAUAGAUUUUUGUAUUACAAUGUAUGAGUUUACUUUUAGGGGUGUGAAAUUUGAAUGUGCAGUUAGGCAUUCUUUUCUUUCCAUGCGGGCUUGCACUCUUUUAACUUUUGUAUUAUGCAAGAUCAAUUUUUCCUGCUUUUGAUGCAUGUACUUGGUUAUCAUUCUCA